AUGUCAGAAAAGAAAAAAUUUCAGUCCGACCCUGAAGGUGUCGCCGCAGCUCUAUCACCGACAGGUCAAGUGAUCGAAGAGAAAGGAACCGAGCACGAUGCAGUGUUUGGAGAGAUUACUGAAGCUGGGCCGAAUUAUCGCAAUGUCGGAUGGAUCGGAACGACAGCCCUAAUGAUGAAAACUCAGAUCGGUCUGGGCGUCCUCUCAUUACCUCUAGCCUUCCACACGCUGGGCUUAAUACCCGGCAUUAUUGUGAUUCUGGCCAUUGCUGGUAUCACGACCUGGGCGGACUGGAUGAUCGGUGUCUUCAAACUCCGCCACCCACAGAUUUAUGGAAUUGACGACCUCGGACGAAUAAUGUUUGGUACCAUUGGUUACGAGAUCCUAGGGGCGGCCUUUUGUCUCUAUGUCAUUUUCGUCGCCGGUUCCGCUAUAUUGAGCAUCUCCAUCGCCUUCAAUGCCCUUUCGACCCACGCGGUGUGCACGGCAAUUUUCGUCGUAAUAGCCGCGGUUAUCGGAUUCAUAUUCUCCAGUAUAGAGACUCUCGGGAGGAUUAGCUGGCUGGCUUGGGUCGGAGCCUUGUCUAUCAUUGUUGCUGCAGUAUUCGUUGUGACCAUCGGUGUCGGUGUUCAGGGUCAUCCUCCGCCGCAGGGAGGAGUCAUAAUUCAAUCCGACUACAAACUCUUUAACAACCCGGAGUUCAGCAGUGCCAUCUCGGCCGUCUGUACCAUCGUUUUCGCCUACUCGGGUACUCCGGCAUUUUUCAACAUCGUCGCUGAAAUGCGCGACCCUCGCGAUUACCCAAAAUCCCUGAUGAUCUGCCAAGGAACCGUCACUAUUGUGUAUAUCAUUAUCGGAACAGUGGUGUACUUCUAUUGUGGCUCCCACGUUGCAUCUCCUGCUCUUGGAUCGGCUGGCCCGGUUAUCGAGAAAGUGGCGUAUGGCAUUGCGCUGCCGGGUUUGAUUGUUUCGGCGGUUAUAUACCUUCACCUCUCUGCUAAACAUAUCUUUAUUCGCAUCCUUCGCGGAUCUGUACACCUUUCAACACACACUCCCAUUCACUGGAUCACCUGGCUCAGUUCCACGUUCACGGUGACGUUGGUAGCAUACUUGAUCGCGAGUGGAAUCCCCGUGUUCGAUAACCUUGUAUCACUUAUUGGUGCGCUUCUUGGUUCGUUCCUGACAUUCCAACCGAUUGGAUGCAUGUGGAUGUAUGAUCAUUGGAAGGCAGCGCGGACUGCUGCGUGGAAGUUCGGGAUGGGUUGGAGCUCUUUUGUUAUAAUUUCCGGGACCUUCUUGAUGAUUGCAGGGACAUAUGGUUCCAUCGUGGCUAUCAUUGAGUCUUAUAAUGAGUCCGGUGGCUCGGCUGCUUGGUCCUGCGCCGAUAAUUCGGGCUCAGGAUGA